AUGACACUCUCACCCAAGUCCCUCGCUGGUCCCGGCUACAUCAUUCUCAAUGGCAUCCGCGUGAUGAACAUCAUCGCCUUCAUGGCAGUCAUCGCCGCUAGCAUCGUCAUGCUCGUCAAGAUCUCAACAGACACAAAGCUGUACUUCUUCGACGCCGUCUCACAUGUUGUAACAGCCGGAACAAGCAUCUUCCUCAUAACGUCCGAACUCUCCCUCUUCCGGCCCUACUUCGCCCGCAACUGGCCCCUCCUCUCUCCGCGCUCCGGCUUCGUCUUCCUCGCCUUGACCCAACUCGCCCUCGGCGCCAACAUCAUGGGCAACCUCAACAAACCCUCAGGCAACCAGGAUUCUCUCGGCCUGGCAUUCUGGCGUGUCGUCAUCGCCGCGGGAAUCGUAGUCUUCAUCCUCGGCUGGCUGAACCUCAUUGCAUCCUACAUUUUCCGCGAUACGGCGAACAACACCACCGCCCGACAAGUCCGCGCCAAGGGAGCC